GGGCGAUGCAGGUUGGCGGGCCGCAGGAAGAGCGGUCGCGGCGGCUGAUGCGUGAUCCAUUGAUGGAUCCGCCGGCGAGAGAAAGGGAAUUCGUCGUUCCUGUGGACUUUCGCAUGCAGGAGGAGACGUAUCAAGAGAAAUUAGCGGUGCAACAUGAAGAAAUCACGUUCUUGAAGUCGUACAUUGAGAAGUUGUUGAAUCAGCUACGUCGAGUUCUGGUCAAACACAACGAGUUGGAGCAGCUCCAAACGCUAUGCGAUCCCACGACUGCAUGUGUCACUGAUGAAGGCGAAGAUUCAUCAAUGGUGCCACCACCAUGGUUCACCUCCAAGGAAUACAUGAGUCCGUUGUUCGCAGCGUACGAAGGCCGCAUCAAAGAGUUGGACAUCAUGUGCGAGAAACACAGGAAGGACUUGGACGCAUUCGUGGUGCAUGCACAGUCGCUCGCAUUGGACAACGAUCGCUUGCAGCAGGAGCUCACGUCAGCUCUUGAGAAGCUCAUAUUACAAUCAGAACAACCCGCGGGGGGGCGAGGAUCGACCGAUUUCUUCACCACGUCUGUCCCCGACAACUCAAUGGCCGAUCAACUUAGUGAGAUGAACGAGCGACUUGACUUCCUCAUGUCCGAGAACAAUUUGCUCGUCGAGCAGCGAUCGCUCGUCGAGUCCGAGCUGGAAGAGUGUCAACGGGACAUUCACGAGCGAGACAGUCAGCUGCUGACUAUGAGCCAGAAUUUCAAUCAAGCUUCCGUGGCAAUCCAAGAACUGCGCGAUGCGUGUAACCACUUAAAACUCGAAAAGCAAAAAUGCGAAGUACAACUCCAGCAGUUUGCAGCUACAAUCGCCCAACUCGAGGCGCAAAAGGAAACGAUCGCGAGUCGCGUCACGGGGUUGCAGACCAACGCAACCAACUACGUCAAACAAAUUGACGAGUAUGAGCGGACGUUGGCAAACCUCAAGCUGGCGGCCGAACAGAAACAGGCGACCGUGACAAAGCGGUAUCAGGGCGUGUGUGAGCGACUGCGCGAGCUCACUUCGGCAUUGGACGCCAAGCACAAACAAGUCGACGAGUGGCAGGAGCGCCAUCGGGGUGUUGUGGCCGAGCUCGACCUGGUCAAACAAGACUGCGAAGGGAUGGUCAAAGUUAUGCACAGCAUGGAAAAACAGCUUAACGAGUACGCGGCGCGGGAGGAGGCUGUGGCUGAGCUCGAACGAUCAACGGUGGAGAAGGCUCAUUGCGCUGCGCUGGAACGGGAUCAGGCCAUUGCAAAGGAGAUGCAGUGCCGCCGUGAGAUUUCUCGGCUGUUGGAGCAAAAACGAAUCGCUGCAUCCGACUACUUGAAAGCGACCGACGACGCGGUCGAGAGAGUUCGGCGAAAAUUGGACUUGGAAAUCCAGCAUCGCAUGGACGAAAUCAAGCACGCACAGGCGUCAAUUGUCACAUUGAAAAUGCAAUUGGAAACGGCAUCGCGAAUGCAACUGGACGCGGAAAAACAUGUGAAGGAGUGCAUGGUUCAAGGCGAUUCGCGCCAGAUGCUCUUUCAAGAGAAAUUCAAUCAAAUCGCGGAACGAGUGGCGGUCGCAGAGCAGCUGAAGGCCGAUGCCGAGACGGCGGAGGCAAGAGCGACAUCCUUGUUGGCGGCAAAGGAAGCUCAAUUCCAGAAAACUCUUGCCGACUUGCAAGACAAACUUGCGAUCGAACACGAACAACUGAGUAGUGUACAGCGCGAGUUGGACUUACGACGGGCCGAACUCCGUGACUCUCAAGAGUCAAACGCGGCAAAAGAGAAACAAGUCGCGUUGUUGACGAACGAAGUUCAAGACAUUCGAAACGAGUCGAAUCAAAAGCACAAGUAUCAGCUCGACAUGUACUCGCAGCAGCUGCGUGAUGCCAAGUCCCGCCUCGACAUGGCCGAAAAUGAAGUGAUGAAGGUCAAACACGAUGCCACGAAAACAGAACAAAUGCUGCGCCUCGAUCACAGCCGCGUCGAAGCCAAGUACAAGACAGAGCUCGAGGUAGCCAGCCAUCGUGCGAAUCGACUGAAGGACGAGAAAAGCCGCAUCGAGGCUCACUUGCUCGAAGUUCAAGCCAAACAGUCUAUGUAUGCGACCAAGGUAUGCGGAAUAAUGGCCGUUCACGUUGCGCUCUUGAUGAUGGUUGAUUUUUCUGCUGAGUAGAUCAUCCAUCUUGAGCAAGAAUUGGCAGACGCCCAUCAUCAGUGCAGUCAGUGGCAAAUGCACGUUGACGAAGCUGAGCGAAAGAGCUCCGACGUCGCCUCCCAGCUGAAGCUUGUUCUGUCCAGUCAACAGCAACAUCUGCGCGCUGAAGUCGAGCUCAAGUCCAUGUUGGACCGGACGAAACUCGAAAAGGCGCGGCUGGAACGUGAAGUCGCGGUGGGAAUUUUGCUUUCUCAUGCAGAGAGUGAUACCUUUUGCUGCAUGUGUAGGUUUUGCGAAAGAGUCUGGAUGAUCUACGGCAGCGACCGACCCACUCGCUGCACACUGCAAAGGACCAUUCUCACCCACACUUGCUUCCUGUUGCAGUGGACAAAGUAGGGACGUAACUCCGCUUGGCCGAGUCGGUCGUUGGUGCUGUGUCUGUCUUCACAGAGCUGGAAGUGAGGGCUGUCUUGCAGGGUGACGGCGGUGGGUUCAUCUUGAAGUUGGGCGCCG